UUUCCUUCGGCGACUGGGGUCGGUCCGCUCCAAGGAUACUCAUACACCGAAGCUGAAGCCGCGUUCGGUCGGCUUAUGAGCAGGACACACCUUCGGGAACGUCAAGACGCAUUACAAAUUGUACAUCGGACAUCGAUCGAGGCCAACAUCCAGCUUGCUACAUCACCCCGCCAAUAUGCCCGACUACCACUCAGCAUUCAAAGUCUAUGAUGAGGUCGCACACACGAUUCUAGGCGACAAUCCAAAACUUGAGCUGCUUCACGAGGACAAUGAUCGCCCAUGGGCUCAUGAAGCCGGUGUCUUCAUUCCAGAAUCGAACAGUCUUUUCAUAACAAGCAACCAAUACCCGCACCCAGAGACCAACCAAACGCACAUCCACAUCAGUCGCAUCACCCUCCCGUCGUCCAUCGACAGCACAGAGAUCACGUGUACCGAAAUCAGCACAGACAAUGUUCCAUUGGCCAAUGGCGGCGUCAACUACAAAGAUGGCAUCCUCUUCUGCGCGCAAGGAACGCUCACAACGCCUGGUGGCCUAGCAUAUAUGCCGCUCCCCCUGGACCACACCUCAUCCACAUCGUACUCAUCUGAGCUGCUUAUUACGUCUUAUUACGACCGGCCGUUCAAUUCCCCAAAUGAUGUCGUCAUUCACAGUGACGGAAGUAUCUGGUUCACAGAUCCUAUCUAUGGGUCAGAGCAGGGCAUACGUCCACCACCUCAGCUACCGAAUCAGGUCUACCGCUUCGACCCGAAGAGUAAAAGUAUAAGGGCCGUCGCAGAUGGGUUCGGAAGACCGAAUGGGAUCUGCUUUAGUCCUGAUGAAGAGACGUGCUACAUCACGGACACAGAUUGGAUUCACGGUGAUGGAACCACGGAUGCGACAAGAGCAUCACACAUAUAUGCAUUUGAUGUAAAGACUUACUCAGGGCAGCCGUUCCUCGUCAACAGACGGCUUUUCGCCAUGGCCGACGUUGGCAUCCCAGACGGUAUCAAGUGCGAUGUACAUGGCAAUGUGUAUAGUGGGUGCGGUGAUGGAGUCAAUAUUUGGUCACCAGGAGGAGUUCUGUUGGUAAAGAUUCUGGUCGAUGGUGGUGUUGCCAACUUCUGCUUCGGUACAAAUGGGCAGCUGUUCUUGCUCAACGAGACCAGCCUGUGGCGUGCACAGAUUUCGAGUGAGCAUAAGGGCGCUCUCUUGGGUCUUUAACAUCGAUUCUUUGUGCAAAUGAGUGGUAAUACUACUGAAGUUGAGGUAGAUUGCCGGCUGAAUUUCCAGGCU